AUGGCCCCCGCUGUCGGUAUUGAUUUGGGUACCACCUACUCCUGUGUGGGUGUGUUCCGUGAUGACCGCAUUGAAAUCAUUGCCAACGACCAGGGUAACCGUACCACCCCCUCCUUCGUGGCUUUCACCGACACCGAGCGUCUCAUCGGUGAUGCCGCCAAGAACCAGGUCGCAAUGAACCCCCACAACACUGUCUUCGAUGCCAAGCGUUUGAUCGGUCGUCGUUAUGCCGAUGCUGAGGUCCAGUCUGAUAUGAAGCACUGGCCCUUCAAGAUCGUCGAUAAGGGUGGCAAGCCCAUCAUCCAGGUUGAGUUCAAGGGUGAGGAGAAGCAAUUCACUCCCGAGGAAGUCUCCUCCAUGGUCCUGACCAAGAUGCGCGAGACCGCUGAGGCCUACCUUGGUGGUACUGUCAACAACGCCGUUAUCACUGUCCCCGCCUACUUCAACGACUCUCAGCGUCAGGCUACCAAGGAUGCUGGUCUCAUCGCCGGUCUGAACGUCCUCCGUAUCAUCAACGAGCCUACUGCCGCCGCCAUCGCCUACGGUCUAGACAAGAAGGCUGAGGGCGAGCGCAACGUCUUGAUCUUCGAUUUGGGUGGUGGUACCUUCGAUGUUUCCCUCCUGACCAUUGAAGAAGGCAUCUUCGAGGUCAAGGCCACCGCUGGUGAUACUCACCUUGGUGGUGAGGACUUCGACAACCGUCUCGUCAACCAUUUCGUUAACGACUUCAAGCGCAAGAAUAAGAAAGGUUAAUCUUACUACUACGCCCGUGCCCUCCGUCGUCUCCGCACUGCCUGUGAGCGUGCUAAGCGUACCCUCUCUUCCGCUGCCCAGACCUCUAUUGAAAUCGAUUCUCUCUUUGAGGGCAUUGACUUCUACACCUCGAUCACCCGUGCCCGUUUUGAGGAACUUUGCCAGGACCUCUUCCGCGGUACUAUGGAGCCCGUUGAGCGUGUCCUUCGUGAUGCCAAGAUCGACAAGUCCUCUGUCCACGAGAUUGUCUUGGUCGGUGGUUCCACUCGUAUCCCCAAGAUCCAGCGCCUUGUCUCCGAUUUCUUCAACAAGGAGCCCAACAAGUCCAUCAACCCCGAUGAGGCCGUUGCCUACGGUGCUGCCGUCCAGGCUGCCAUUCUGUCUGGCGAUAGCUCCUCCAAGUCCACCAACGAGAUCUUGCUGCUCGACGUCGCCCCUCUGUCCCUCGGUAUCGAGACCGCUGGUGGUGUUAUGACCGCCCUCAUCAAGCGCAACACCACAAUCCCCACCAAGAAGUCCGAGACUUUCUCUACCUACUCCGAUAACCAGCCUGGUGUGUUGAUUCAGGUCUACGAGGGUGAACGUGCUCGCACCAAGGACAACAACCUGCUCGGAAAGUUCGAGCUCACUGGCAUCCCCCCUGCUCCCCGCGGUGUUCCUCAGAUCGAGGUUACCUUCGACGUUGAUGCCAACGGUAUCAUGAACGUUUCUGCCGUUGAGAAGGGCACUGGAAAGACUAACAAGAUCACCAUCACCAACGAUAAGGGUCGUCUCUCCAAGGAGGAGAUCGAGCGCAUGCUUGCCGAUGCCGAGAAGUUCAAGGCUGAGGAUGAGGCUGAGGCUUCCCGUAUCCAGGCUAAGAAUGGCCUUGAGUCUUACGCCUAUUCCCUCAAGAACACCAUCAAUGAAGGCAAGCUCACCAUCUCCGAUUCCGAUAAGGAGACGGUUACCGCCAAGGUUGAUGAGAUCAUCGGCUGGCUCGACAACAACCAGACCGCCACGAAGGAGGAGUACGAAUCCCAGCAGAAGGAGCUUGAAGGUGUUGCCAACCCCAUCAUCUCCGCUGCUUAUGGCGGUGCUGCUGGCGGUGCUCCUGGCGCUGCUCCUGGCGCUGCCCCCGGUGGCUCCACUCGUACCGCUGACGAGGUCGAGGAGAAGCCCGAAGAGCUUGACUAAGUGUCUUGAAUGACAAUGUUUUUCUUUUCUUUUCACCUUGCUGUUUGCGGAUGGGCGAUCGGCUUUUAAUGGGUUUUUUUUUCCUUAAUACUCUCUGCUUGUUUCUUUUUUAACGAAUUUAUGGGAUUUUCUUUUUGUGCAUGGCUGCAUAGAUCCGAGUUUCAUCUUGACGCAUGAUGAUUUGCAGUACCUGGGAGGGAAAAAAGUUCCUUACGAACGUUCCAUUCUUCAUUAAAAAAUUUGGUCCAUGUAUCGUAGAAUACAGUAACUGAUGCUAAUUUGCACAUGUUCA